AGUCGCAGUUCGAUUGCCGAUCAUCGCUCGCUCGCACGGGUGGACGAUCGAUCGCACCUGUUGACACGCGGUACCUGAGCGAACAAGAGAACGAGAGAAGAUAGCCCGGAAAAAGCGGACAGCGUGAUCUCCCCCGUCGAAGAAAGGAAAAGCAUCCCGACAAUGCGACUAGUAGCAUCGAUAGUAGGCGCGAUCGUUCUGCUGAUCUGCGGAUCAUGCCGCGCGGCAGAUCACGACUUCCUGACGAGUUCCCUGAACGAGUGCGUGAGCGCGGACUCCUGGACGUCCUGUCUGAAGCACCAGCUGCUGGGAUAUCUCGAUGACAGGCUGGGGACCACUACCGAAGCGCGAUCGCUGGAAACCGUCGACGAGGCGAUCGUCGCUAGGACCGUCAAGUACCUGAAGAGUUUUGAUUACGGGGUUGGGCUGCCCUUCGUCGACGCGAGCUUGAAGUACCGGCCCAGCAGGAGCUUCGCCGACCUGGAUGUCGAGUUCAAGGAUAACGAAGUGGCUACUAGUCAAGCUCGAGGACUCCUGAAGAAGAAGCUUCUGCUGCCGUUCCUGCUGCUGCUGAAGCUGAAGAUGAAAGCUCUGAUGCCCAUCUUCGUCGCCAUCAUCGGAAUCAAGGCGCUGAAGGCACUCAUCCUGUCGAAACUCGCCCUUCUCAUCGUCAUCGGAUUCGUCGCGAUGCAACUCUUCAAGAAGGGCGGUAUGAUGAUGCCGAUGGGAAUGACCAUAGAACCGCCAUCGGCGUACGGCGCUCCACCUUUGCCCUCGACGACGUCGAGCUACGACCCCGUCAACACGUGGGAUGGAAACGGCCCUUACUCCCGCGUCUGGACGCCAACGAACAGUGUGGAGGCGCAAAACCUCGCUUACAGCUACUACUCGCCCGGUAGCUCGAGCUCGUACAGCUCGGUAGGCUCCUCCCCGUCGUCCUCGUCCUCGAGCAGCUCAACGAACUAUUAGAGUCGUUCUGAUGCCGCCAACGACGCGACGAUCGAUGUAUGUCUGACAGCAUCCAGACGAGUCCACGUCGAUCGCGCGUCGGCAAAUAAGACACGACCAAAGAAACGCACGCCAAAUAAUCACGAAGCAGCUCGCGAUCGAUCGGCCACGCUGGUCAAUCAAGCCUCGUCGGCCUCGUUACGGGAGCUCCGCAUUCAAAGACUGUCGACAGUCCGGCUGUCGGCUACUGUAAAAGUGGAAUCGUUUUGUCGGUUCGUCGGCGAAGGCUCGCAUCGAAGUGUCGCGUCUCUGUCGGCCUAUCGAGAAAUUAGUUGCCUCGAUUAAAUUCCCGAUGGCCUCUAGAAAUCCGAGAUGCUCGCUUUAAUUGAUGGCCGGUGCGUAUUUUUAAUCGUGCACCAGCGUCAGCGCGAAUAAAAUCAGAUGACUCUGAAUUCUUUCGGAGGAGCACUCGCGGAGGACCGACGAAGCCGUUCGACAUUUAAUUCUCUUUGAGAGUACACCACGCACGCAUCGAAGGGUAAUUAAUUAGCCAUCCUCCUUGCACGCACUAAAGUGUACAAAGCAUUAAUCACGAGGAGCGGAGGAUUAAUCGUUAAUUAUCGGUGAUUGUUGAUGUACGAAUACGUCGCCAAAAUAUAUUUCGAAUAAUGUGAGAUUAUCCUUCCUUCGGUAAACGUCGAUCAUGUAUUUUUUCAUGUGACAUUAUUAUUAUUUAUUAUAUUUGCAUUUGUUAAUAAAAGCAUCCUUUCAAAGAUAAA